UAUUGUUCAACAUAUUGAGAAAAAUAUAUGUUCCUCGAAUGACACAUACAAGUUUUUUCUGGCAACAAAAGUUCACAUUUAAGGUUCAUAUUUUGUUUCAAAAAUUGACAUGACAUAAUUAAUAAUGGUGAACAGUUACACAUUUGUGGUGGAGAUAAAUUAGGAAACCACAUUACCCAGCAUCCUUGUCGUGCGCCUGCGCAGAACUCACUUUGCAGCUAAUGAGUUGUUGAGGGAUGCAACGCUCCAUAGCAACAUCAGUACCAGCGGAGGAGCGCUGUAGCGGACGACCUGGGAGAUAUAUCCUGAGAAUAUCUGAAACAGGUGCUGCAUGCGGACAGCAUGGACGACCAGAAGGAGUCACUGAGGAAGAUUAUCACUACGCUGGCUCUGAAGAAUGAGGAAAUUCAGAAUUUUAUCUGCUGUCUAAAGCAGAGUCUAGAGAACCUAGAGGCGAAUUCAAACCGAGUGCAGGAGGAUCUGGAGUCAGAGUUUACUUCUCUGCAUGCUGUCCUGGAUGAACUGAAAGAGGUCAUGGUCACACGAAUCAAACAGGAAAGAGCCAGUCGCACAUAUGAGCUACAGAGUCAGUUGAGUGCAUGCACCAAAGCCCUAGAGAGCUCAGAGGAGCUGCUGGAAUUAGCCAAUCAGACGCUCUGCUCAUCUGAGAAUGACAGCUUCACUGAGGCUGCCAAAGAGAUAAAGGAUAGUGUGACUAUGGCUCCAGCAUUUCGUCUGUCCCUGAAAGCAAAGGCCAGUGACAGUAUGAAUCACAUGAUGGUGGACUUCUCUCAGGAAAGAAAAAUGCUACAGGCCAUCACAUUUCUUCCAGUGCCUGCUACACCAGAAAUACACGUGGCUGAAUGCCAGGUGUUUGAUAACACAGUCACAGUGGUGUGGACCUUACCUGGACCCGACUCCAAAAUCGACCACUACAUCCUGGAAUAUCGGAGAACAAAUCAUGAAGGUCCUCCUCGGGCUCGAGAAGACCACCCCUGGAUGGUGGUGGAAGGGAUAAAGGAGACUGAGUACACAAUCACGGGCCUUCGUUUUGAUACGCGUUACAUGACCUUUAGAGUGAAGGCAUGCAAUAAAGCUGUGGCGGGUGAAUUCUCAGAGCUGGUUACUCUAGAAACACAUGCGUUCGUCUUCAAACUGGACGCAGGUUCAGCCCAUCAGAACCUGAAGGUGGAGGAUCUCAGCGUGGAAUGGGACAGCAGCGGUGGGAAGGUGGCUGUCCAGGACAUCCGUAAGGAGAAGAACAGGACCAGCUCUCCCAUGCACUCUCCUGCCAGGACAGCCAUGAUGUCCCCCAAAAGAGCUCCAUCUGCUAGAGUGGGCCGGGACCGCUUCACAGCAGAGUCCUACACUGUCUUAGGAGACACAAUGAUCGAUGCAGGGCAGCAUUACUGGGAGGUACGGUUUGAUAAGGAGAGUAAGGUGUUUGCAGCAGGAGUCGCUUUGCGGUCUCUAGGACGCUUUGAUCAGUUGGGGAAGAGUAACGCUUCCUGGUGCAUCCACCUUAACAACUGGCUUCAGCAGAGCCUCACAGCCAAGCACAAUAAUAAAGCCAGAACACUGGACUGCCCCAUUCCCGACCGCAUCGGCAUUUACUGCAACUACGAAGAAGGCACAUUGUCUUUUUACAACUCUAGAACCAAAACUCUUCUUCAUACCUUCAGAACCAAGUUCCAGCAGCCUGUUAUACCAGCCUUUAUGGUGUGGAAUGGGAGUUUCUCAGUACAGACGGGCCUUCAGGUUUGGAGAACAUCUGGCAACCCUGACAUAACACUGGUCCAACAAAGCCUGGAGACUCUUCCUAUCAUCAGUAGGUCUUCCCAGCCCUGGGGGAGAGCUGCUCUAGUUUGCUUUCCUCCAUUCCUAUUAGCUCACUCAUAUGGAUCCUGUGCCUUUCAGUGUCCUGGCAUAAUGAGGUAUUACUCUGUUUCAACAUGCUAACAGCUUUAAUAGCCUUGUCUUCUUGUGUAUAUCACUAUGGCCAAAAGUUAUGUUUUUUGUAGCAUUUGUUUAUUCAUAUCACAGUAUUUGAGCCACAUUUGAAGUUAUUUUAGUGCAGCAGCAGCAUGUUGGUGUUAUUGUUUGAAAUCUCAAACGAAACUGUAUUAUAUUUACACACUGAAUGUCUUUAAUUAUAUGCCUCGAAUUCUGCUUCAGUAGCUGCUUCCGUAAACUUUUUAAAUAUACAGUAUCAGAAUAGCACAAUAAUCUUAAGCUUAAUCAUAGAAAUCAAAUGUUUUUUAAAGAAUGGAAGGAACCAUUUGGUUGUGCACGGUGUGUGUGUGUCUGUGUGUGUCUCCAUGUUCAUAAUCCGUCACCCAGAAAGGUACUUUUCAGUGUUCUUGAUGCAAAUAUUACCAAACUUGAUUUCUUUUUGUAUGCCUGUUGCAAUUACAUAUUACUGAUCACAGAAAACAGUGAUUUUAGUUAUUUUUGCCACAUUGCCGAGGGAUAGUUCACCCAAAACUAAAAAAAAUUCUGUUACAUGUUUUUCCAAACUAACUCUGUGUCUAUGGAACACACAAUACAUUUUGAAAAAUGCUAUAGCUUUCAAGUUUAAUAAAGGACAUGACAUUUUCAGCUGGUAGUUUUGGGUAAGAAACUGCAUUUUUAGUCAGUAGAUACUGAAAAUCUCUCUUCCAGUGAACGGUUCAUUCAAACCAUUGCAAACAGUCAGUGAGUCAUUUGAACUCAGCUGAAUUGGAUUAACUGAUUCAUUGCAAAGAGCCGAUUCAAAAGAAUGAUUAAUUCAUGAUAUGAAUCUCUUACUUUCAUUAAGAGAGCAAGAUUUUUCAGACUGUUUAUCACACAAAGCUAUCAGAUGACUUUCUAAAGAAUAUAACGAACAAGAUGUACUGUAUGGACCAAAAAGCUUGAAAGCUCCACAUUGUAUUUGAAUUGGAAAACAAACAUAUACAGUUUUAGAACAACAUGUGUGUGUUCAAUGACAGAUCUUUUUUUUUUAUUAUUGUUGGCUGAUCUAAUAUAAUCUGCAAUGCUUUUAGUCAAACACCUGAACAUUUUAAACAUUACUGUUUCAAACUGAAGUCAACCUGUAAAAUUGUGCUAUUACACUACCUGUCACGUCAAUAAAACAAAUGCCAAACA